AUGGCAAGUUGUAAGAAAAGAAAAUUAAAUAAAGAAAACAGAAUGUUUAAUGUGGACUGGGACUGGGUGUGUUUGUUGUGCAAUACAGUUUUAACUACUUUGAAAAAGGUGAAUGCAAAUAAACAUUAUUUGACUCAUAAAGAGCAUAAAUAUUUUAACUUAGAAGGUGAAUCUCGACGAGCUAUACUUCAAAAAUUAAAAAAUGAAAAACAUUAUCAACAAGCGUCAGUUAGUGCUUUUGUAAAGAAAAGUACCACUGCAGUUGAUGUUACUUAUAAAAUUGCUCUUAUACUUGGAAAAAGGGGCAAACCGUUUGCCGACGUAGAAAUAAUUAAAGAAUGUAUUGUUGAAGCAGUAG